CCUUCCCCCCACCCAACCCAACCCCACCGAUCCGAUCGGCAAAUCCCCCUUCCAGAGUUGCCCACAGAUCCCGGCGCCCCCACCACACAGCGCUCGCGCUCGCGCUUCCUUCCCCUUCCCCCCUUCCGAACCCGCACCAGAAAUUGGUGGCGAAUUGCCUGCCCGUCGGCCCGGCUGCGGAGGCGGAGCAGCUCCCGACGCCGCGAUGGCGGAGUGCCGCAGCCUCAUCGAGUUCCUCCGCGCGUUCGAGCACCACCGCAAGGCGGCGGACGGCUCGGCCUCGGCCUCCGCGUGCUCCCGAUCCAGGCGGGCUUCCUCGGCCCGCGCCGCCGCCGCCGGCGCCUUCUGCGACAGCACCCCGAUGGCCGUGGUCGACGCGGUCAUGCUCCUGGCCGUCGUCGCCGCGCUCGGCUUCCUCGUGGCCCCGUACCUCAAGCUGCUGCUCGCCGAGGCGGGCGCGCUGCUCCACCCCGCCGCGUCCUGUCUCUCGGCCGCCGCCUUCUUCGGGGCCGCGCUCGCCGUGGCGGCCGCCGCCGUCGCCUGGGAGCUGCUGGGCCACCACGCGCGCAAGUGCGGCAAGCCCAGGUGCAGGGGCCUCAAGAAGGCCGUCGAGUUCGACAUCCAGCUCGAGACGGAGGAGUGCGUGCGCGGCCGCCCCGGCCCCGCGGCGCGAUCGGCGCUGCUCGCGGCGGCCGGGGCGCGCCCCGUCGAGCUCGGGGACGAGCAGCGGGAGCUGGAGGCCGAGCUCCGCAAGAUGGCGCCGCCCAACGGCCGCACCGUGCUCAUCUUCCGCGCGCCCUGCGGAUGCCCCAAGGGCCGGAUGGAGGUCUGGGGCGCCAAGAAGGUCCGCCGGAUCAAGAAGUGAAAGGGGGAUAAGGGGAGAGGGAUCGGAUGGUCGUAUUAGUCCAUGCUGUUCCUUCCUGAUAUGUAGCUAGAAAAAUAUAUAAUUUCAGUAAUAAGCAUAGGGAGAGCAAAUAAAUGGAUGAUACAACAGUUAUAUCACAGAUAGACUAUAGACAUCACAUACACCUUGUAUUAUGAACCAGUGGGGAUUUCAGACAGAAAUAUAUGCCGUUUACUUGUUCAUUCUCUUA